AUGCUCCCUCCUCUCCGUUUGAUAUCUGUACAUCAUUCGCUUCCUACUUGUCCUCGUACUACUCCCUUUGCUUUCUUCCUGCUCCUUCCUCUCUGUUUGAUAUCUCUACAUCAUUCGCUUCCUCCUUGUCCUCAUACUAUUCCCUUUUCUUUCUUUCUUCUCCCUCCUCGCUGUUUGAUAUGUAUACAAAAUACUCCUAUUUUUCCUCCUCUUACUACACCCCUCCUACUUGCUAUGUCUAAUUUUUUUUUUUCUUUUCUCUCACUGAUAUUUCUCCCUCCUAUCAUCUAUAUUUUUUUCAAAUUUCUUUUCCCUUUUUUUUUCUCUUUCCUUCACACUUCGUUGUUGAAAUAUUGUUUUCCCUUUAACUCCGAUUUUCAUUCAUUCAUUCAUUCAUUCGAUAUAUUUUUCUUUAACCUACACAAUCCAUUUAAUCAUUUAAUCUUUUGUUUUUUUUUUAUUUCGCUCCUUUCUUUCUUUCUUUCUUUCCAUUUGCUUCAAUUUAUAUUUAUUAAUUUUCCCUCUUUUUUCCUUUUUCUAUCUAUUUAUGGAGCUUUUUGUUUGUUUGUUUAUCUUUCUUUGUUUCUUUCCUUCGUUUUUUCGUUUUUCUUUCUUUCUUUCUUUCUUUCUUUCUUUCUUUCUUUCUUUCUUUCCAUUUGCUUCAUUCUAUAUUUAUUAAUUUUCCCUCUUCCGUCUUUUUCUAUCUUUUUACCGAACUUUUUGUGUUUGUUUUUUGUUUAUCUUUCUUUCUUUCUUUCUUUCUUUCUUUCUUUCUUUCUUUCUUUCUUUUUCCUCUAUCCACCCCUUUCUUUCAAACAACUUAUCCCUUUUUUCUCUAUCCCUUUCUUUCUUUCUUUCUUUCUUUCUUUCUUUCUUUCUUUCUUUCUUUCUCAUUCUAUUUUCUUCUUUCUACAUUUCCUUUUUUCUAUCUUCUUUAUUGUUCUUUUACUUUCUUUUUCUCGUUUUCCUUCCUUCCUUCCUUCCUUCCUUCCUUCCUCCUUUUUUCCUUUUUCUAUCUUUUUUAUGGACCUUUUUUUGUUUGUUUAUCAUUCUUUGUUUCUUUCCUUCUUUUUUCGUUUUUUCCUUCCUUCUUUCUUUCUUUCUUUCUUUCUUCUCUUCUUUCUUUCGCGACGUAUUUUUUUCUUAUUUUCAGUCAUCAAUCCACUCAUUCUUUCUUUCUUUAUUUCUUUCUUUCUUUCUUUUAGUAUGCAACUUUAUUCUUUGUUUACAUAUGGCAUUCUUUCUUUUUCCUAUACGACGUAUUUCUUUCUUUCUUUCUUUCUUUCUUUCUUUCUUUCUUUCUUUUUUUCAUAUGCGACGCAAUUAUUUCUUCUUUCUUUCUUUUCAUAUGAGAAGCAUAAUUUUUCUUUCUUUCUUUCUUUCUUUCUUUCUUUCUUUUAA